UGAAAUGAAAUUUUCCCAUUUCAGUCAACCCUGUUAAAGAGAACACAUGUAGAAAACGAAAAUGACUUCAAAAAAUAAUAAACUGACUUUCAAAAAAUCUUUUGCAAUACUCAUUUUAGUGUUUACUAAAAACUUCAAUGUUCUCGCACAAACGACUCAAAACAUAAAUGUCCUGUUUGUGAAUGAGGUCGGAAAUGACCUUGCACAAGUAGCGGUGGACGUCGCGUUAAACUACAUAAGAAAAAAUCCAAGCUUAGGUUUAUCCGUGGAACUGCUGUCGGUGGAAGGAAACCGCACAGAUAGCAAAGGUUUACUGGAAUCAUUAUGCUCGAAAUACAGUGAGGCAUUGAAUACAAAUAGAAUGCCGCAUGUUAUUCUCGAUACAACGUUAACAGGCGUUGCAUCAGAAACAGUGAAAUCAAUUAGUGUAGCACUCGGUAUACCAACGGUUUCAACAUCAUUUGGACAAGAAGGUGAUAUAAGACAAUGGCGAUCGUUGUCUCCAGAAAAAGGCAAUUAUUUGUUACAGAUUAUGCCACCUACUGAUAUGAUACCAGAAGUUAUAAGGUCAAUAAUCAUUUACAUGAAUAUAACAAAUGCCGCCAUUUUAUACGACGAUUCCUUUGUAAUGGAUCACAAGUACAAAGCAUUACUACAGAACAUACCUACGCGUCAUGUAAUAACAUCUAUUGGCAACGACAAAGAUCGUGGAGAGCAAAUUGAAAAGUUAAGAAACCUUGACAUAAACAACUUUUUUAUACUUGGAUCUUUUCCUUCUAUAAGAAAAGUACUUGAAUCAGCAAAACGAGAGUUUUUUGAGCGAAAUUUUGCCUGGCAUGCUAUCACGCAAUUUCAAGGAGAAUUAUCAAGUAAUAUUGAAAACGCUACUAUUAUGCUACUACGACCAGUAUCGGACAGUAAAAGUAAAGAUAGAUUAGGAGUUAUAAGAACCACAUAUAACAUGAAACAAGAACCUCAAACUUCGUCAGUUUUUUACUUCGAUAUUGCUCUUCGUACUUUUCUUGCAAUCAAAAACAUUCUUCAAGUUGGCGCAUGGCCUCCAAACAUGAAGUACCUUACUUGUGAUGAAUACGAUGGAUCAAAUACACCAAAUCAUACGAUUGAUUUGAAAUCUGCUUUCAUUGAAGUCACCGAACCGGCCACGUAUGGCCCAUUAGAAUUCCCGAAAGGAAAAACUUCCUUCAACGGACAUAGUUACAUGAAGUUUGAUAUGGACAUAAGUGCAGUUACUAUUCGUGGUGGAGCUUCAGUCAGCACGAAAACUUUGGGAAAAUGGGAGGCUGGUUUAGACAACCCGUUGCGUAUUGCAAACGAAGGUGACAUGAAAAACUUGACAGCUGACAUAGUGUAUCGAGUUUAUACAGUUGUGCAAGAACCGUUUAUAUUUCGUGAUCCAAGUGCUCCAAAAGGAUUCAAAGGUUAUUGUAUAGAUUUGUUAGACGAAAUUGCUAAAAUUGUCAAGUUUGACUAUGAAAUCAAAGCCGUGGAAGACGGAAAGUUUGGAAAUAUGAAUGAGAAAGGUGAAUGGAAUGGAAUCGUCCGAAAGUUGAUCGAUAAACAAGCUGAUAUUGGUUUGGGUUCUAUGUCUGUUAUGGCAGAGCGAGAAACUGUGAUCGAUUUCACUGUCCCAUACUAUGAUUUAGUUGGAAUAUCCAUUAUGAUGCAAUUACCCAGCACGCCUAGCUCUUUGUUCAAGUUUUUGACCGUACUGGAAACGAAUGUAUGGUUGUGCAUUCUGGCGGCGUACUUUUUCACAAGCUUUUUGAUGUGGAUUUUUGACCGAUAUAGUCCAUAUAGCUAUCAAAACAACCGCGAAAAGUACAAAAAUGAUGACGAAAAACGUGAGUUUAAUAUCAAAGAAUGUCUCUGGUUUUGUAUGACUUCGCUGACACCACAAGGUGGCGGAGAAGCCCCAAAAAAUCUUUCGGGCCGAUUGGUUGCAGCGACAUGGUGGCUUUUUGGAUUCAUCAUAAUUGCAAGCUACACUGCAAAUUUGGCUGCAUUCUUAACAGUAUCUCGUUUAGACACUCCAGUAGAAUCCUUGGACGAUUUGUCUAAGCAAUACAAGAUACUUUAUGCCCCUCUGAACGGAUCAUCUGCAAUGACGUAUUUUCAACGAAUGGCGGAUAUUGAAUCAAGAUUUUACGAAAUAUGGAAAGAAAUGUCACUCAACGACUCUUUAACACCAGUCGAGCGUUCUAAGCUAGCUGUAUGGGAUUAUCCGGUUAGCGACAAAUACACCAAGAUGUGGCAGGCAAUGCAGGAAGCUGGAUUACCAAAUAGCUUGGAUGAAGCAGUUGAGCGAAUCAGAAAUUCUACAUCAGCUUCGGGAUUUGCGUUUUUGGGAGACGCAACGGAUAUCCGAUACAAAGUAUUAACGAACUGCGAUCUUCAAAUGGUUGGAGAGGAAUUUUCUCGAAAACCAUAUGCUAUAGCAGUUCAGCAAGGAUCUCCUUUGAAAGAUCAGUUUAACAAUGCAAUCUUAAUGCUACUUAAUAAACGGCAACUGGAGAAGCUUAAAGAACAAUGGUGGAAAAAUGAUGAUAUACAAAGUAAAUGCGAAAAACCAGAUGACCAAUCAGAUGGAAUCUCAAUCCAAAACAUCGGUGGUGUUUUUAUUGUGAUUUUUGUUGGAAUUGGAAUGGCGUGUAUAACUUUGGUAUUUGAGUUUUGGUAUUACAAAUACAGAAAAAAUAUAAAAAUAGUAGAUGUAAUGGAAGCUAACGAUGAGAACAGUCGUGUUAAAAAUUCAAAUUUAAAGAUACCUAAUUUGAAACAGGAGUUUGGUAAUCUAGGUGAAAUCAAAAACGAUUCAGGACAAAACGUUUUAAAGACCAGAACGCUUAAUUCUGAAACUAACAAUUUCAAAUCCCGGUUCUAAAAGGUUUUAUAGAAAAAUAUCAAACGUAAGCACUUAAGUGGUAA